CUCUAGACUUCGCUUUUAACCGGGGGCAGGGGCUUGAUUUAAUAAUGUAACGUCUUCACCAAUAUCAUUUAUAUUAUCAAUAACAAAAAGUAAAAUUAAAUAGUUAUCAAUAAAUAGUUUUGAAAUAACCUUCCGCUUUAUCGAAUUUGAGGUUUUGAGCGUAAAAUCUUGUAUUAUUUACGAUGUCUGAGUUUCUGCAAGAGCUUGAACAGGAUCCAUUUGAUGCUGAGGAGUUUGUGGAGAGAUUAGCAUGGAGAACUACAGCUGGUCAUUGUGAUGGAGAAACAUUUGAUCCUAGUGUUCUUCAUACUGCCUUUGAGCAUACUAUAAAAGAACUGCAGAUACUGUACGAAAAUAUGGACAAGAAAUGUGAAAGGCUAGAGAUGAUCUGUAGGGAAGAGGAGAAAACUCAUUGGGAAAAAAUUACUGAACUUCAUGAUAAAAAUAAAGCAGCAUUUGCAACUUUUCAAGAAUUGGAUGAAGGGAUUGAUUUUGUAGCAACCAAAGUAGUUCAUCUCGGUGACCAGUUAGAAAGUGUGAACACACCUCGUGCUAGAGCUGUGGAAGCCCAGAAACUCAUGCGGCAUUUUGCAGACUUUUUAAAUCCUGGGCCAUCAGUAAUGGGAGUACUGUCAGAUCCAACAAGGCUGUACGAAGCUGCUGAUGUAAUUCAGAAAUUACAUCUUAUUGCCCAAGAACUCCCUGCUGGCAAAUUUGACAAGGCCCAUCAUAGAAUUACGCUAAAAUAUGAUGAAAUUGAAAGGGCUUUAAUUGAAGAAUUUGUCCGUGCUCAUCGAGCAGAUGACAAAAUAAAAAUGAGGGAAGUGGCUGGAAUAUUAUCACAUUUUAAGGGUUAUACACAGUGUAUUGAUGCAUUCAUUGAACAAAGCCAGAUGGGUGCUUUCCUGGGCUUAAACAUCUUUGCUGACAUUUUACCUCUCUGUGAACGUAGUCAGAAAGUGAUGCAAGAGGUUUUCACUAGUCCCGAGCAAGUGAUGGCCAAGUUUGUCCUCAAUAUAUAUCAUGGAAAACUUCAGGAACAUAUUCAGAGUAAACUGAAUGACAGAAGCAAUACUGAUAAGUACCUUAGAAGUUUAUAUGAUCUUUAUUCAAGAACCAUGAAGCUUUCUAACGACCUUUCAAUUUACAAAAUGGGUAACGAUUCAGCAUUUCUGAACAAACUGACCAAGAACAUAUUUGCUAGAUACCUUGAUACGUAUGUUAGUGUAGAGGCUCGCUCUUUGAAAGACAAGUCUGCAGCCAUCCUUCAAAGAUAUUAUGAUUCUAAAAAUCAUCAAAAGAAACAUAUUCCUUCUGGGGGAAUUCAUGAACUUCGUCGUGACAUCCAGGCAAAGAUUGGUAGCCGAGCAAAUAUCAACUUUGGACCUGCUAUUGAAAACUUCGGAGGUGAAACCUUUUUAUCUGAAGAAGUGGCUAUUAACCUUUUACAAGAGACCAAAAUAGCUUUACAGAGAUGUCAGACUCUCUCACGUCAGUCGGACUUACCAGCGAAUGCAGUACAAAUAUUUGAUAUUCUUCUACAGUAUUUGUGUGUGGAACACAUUGAUUAUGCCUUGGAGUUGGGGCUACAAGGAAUUCCACUAUCAGAACCAAAGAGCCCGCCAGAAAUCUACUUUUUUGACUUGGUGCGUCAGUGUAAUGCAAUUUGUCAUUUGCUGGAAAAACAGUUUAUUGACUCAGUUGUUCCUCUUGUUGUGUCCACUCCAAAGCAUGGUAUUUGUUUGCAGAGAAAAAAAGAUCAGAUGGAACAGAUGGAACUGAAAUUGCAUAAUGGCUUGGAAAGAUCAAUCUCAGCUUUAGUGGGCUGGGUACGAUUAAUACUUCAGUCAGAACAGAAGAAAACUGAUUUCAGGCCAGAGUCAGAAGAUAUGGUUAUUGCCAUGGCAACACCAGCAUGUAUGAAAGUGGUAAAAUUCAUUGGCCAAUAUGUUGAGAAAGUUCGAGAUAGUUUGGAUGGAAAGAAUGUUGAAAGCACUUUGACGGAACUCGGAACUAGAUUUCAUCGAGCAAUUUAUGAGCAUUUACAGCAAUUCCAGUAUAACUCUGUAGGAGCCAUGGUAGUUAUCUGUGAUGUCAACGAGUACCGACGAUGUAUCAAGGAGUUCCGAGUUCCUCUUCUUAAUUCCCUUUUUGACACACUUCAUGCCCUCUGUAAUUUAUUAGUAGUUGUACCAGAUAACUUGAAACAAGUGUGCACUGGAGAUCAGCUGGCUGGUCUGGAGAGGGCAGUGUUAUUGAACUUUGUUCAAUUGCGAGCAGAUUACAAAACGGCAAAACUUGUGAAUCAGUUCAAGUGAACUUAUAUUGUGUACAUUUACUGAAAUAAACAGUAUCAGAUAUAUAACUGUUCUGUAUUUUUAUUCAGUACUCAUGCGAUUCAUUUAUACAUGUGAUAUUAUAUGAUAUAACUGAGAUAGACCUAAGACCUGUUUUCAAAAUGUCACUCUUACAAGCUUUUGGUAUAGCUUUGAGAGUCCUUUGAAGCUCUGUUCUUGAAAAAAAAAACAAUAAAUGCAAGUUCCUGUUUUA